AUGAAUACAACUGUGGUGGUGAGUGGAGCCAUCACCACCAUCGUCUUCACCCUCAUGAUGGAAUGCACGCGAAGCGAGGUUGUGGAGGGUGCGCGCGCUACUCAUUACACCAUCCUCUCCACCGCCGAGGUGCUGGGCAAACUCCUCUUCGCUGCCCUGGGAGCUGCUGCUCUUACUGACAUCCUCGGCUACCCACUCGCCUACCUCCUCUUCCUCGCACUCAAUAUUCUUCCACCCUCGCUCCUGGUGCUUGGUCGACGUCGGUGGCCACUCCUUCAUUCGCAUAAGUUGGUUUCCUGGUGA